CCUUCUCCGCGGAGCGCGCGCGGGCUGCGGAGCCCACCGACAGCGCGGCUGGCCAGUCCCUGUGCGGCCACCUGCCCGAGCCCGCGAGGACCGCGCGUCCCGCUCGCAGACCUGGCGAUGCGGAGCGGCGCCGCCUGGGCGCUGCUGCUGGCUGCGGCGCUGGGGCUCUGGGCGCACGGGGUGCGCGGCGCCGUGGCCCUCGCCGACUUCUACCCGUUCGGCGCCGAGCGCGGCGACGCCGUCACCCCAAAGCAGGACGACGGCGGCUCGGGGCUGCGGCCGCUGUCGGUGCCCUUCCCGUUCUUCGGCGCCGAGCACUCCGGACUCUACGUGAACAACAACGGCAUCAUCUCCUUCCUCAAGGAGGUCUCCCAGUUCACCCCCGUGGCCUUCCCGAUCGCCAAGGACCGCUGCGUGGUGGCCGCCUUCUGGGCAGAUGUGGACAACAGGCGUGCAGGUGACGUCUACUACCGGGAGGCCACGGACCCAGCCACGCUGCACAGAGCCACGGAGGACAUCAGACGCUACUUCCCCGAGAGCCCAGACUUCUCUGCCACCUGGGUCUUUGUCGCCACAUGGUACCGAGUGACCUUCUUUGGAGGCAGCUCUUCUUCUCCUGUCAAUACGUUCCAGACAGUGCUGGUCACCAACGGCAAGUCCUCCUUCACCAUCUUCAACUACGAGUCCAUCUCAUGGACCACAGGCACUCAUGCCAGCAGUGGGGGCAACUCUGCUGGCCUGGGGGGCAUCGCAGCCCAGGCAGGCUUCAAUGCGGGCGAUGGGCGGCGCUACUUCAACAUCCCUGGCUCGCGCACCGCGGACAUGGCAGAGGUGGAGACCACCACCAACGUGGGUGUGCCCGGGCGCUGGGCGUUCAGAAUCGAUGAUGCCCAGGUGCGCGUGGGGGGCUGCGGCCAUACAACCUCUGUGUGCCUGGCCCUGCGCCCGUGCCUCAACGGCGGCAAGUGCAUCGAUGACUGUGUCACCGGCAACCCCUCGUACACGUGCUCCUGCCUCGCAGGCUUCACAGGGCGGAGGUGCCACCUGGAUGUGAACGAGUGUGCUUCACACCCGUGUCAGAACGGCGGGACCUGCACCAAUGGUGUCAACAGCUUCAGUUGUGAAUGCCCAGCUGGCUUCAGGGGACCCACCUGUGAGUCGGCCCUAUCCCCAUGUGACAGCACAGAGUGUCAAAAUGGCGGCCAGUGCCAGGCGGAGAGUGGUUCUGCCGUGUGUGUGUGCCAGGCCGGGUACACGGGGGCCACCUGCGAGACGGAUGUGGACGAGUGUGGCUCUGACCCCUGCCUAAACGGAGGGUCAUGUGUCGACCUGGUGGGGAACUACACCUGCGUGUGUGUGGAGCCCUUCGAGGGAGCUCGCUGCGAGACAGGAAGCCACUCAGUGCCUGAUGCCUGCCUCUCUGCCCCCUGCCAGAACGGGGGCACCUGUGUGGAUGCGGACCAGGGCUACGUGUGCGAGUGCCCAGAAGGCUUCAUGGGCCUGAACUGCACAGAGAGAAUCCCCAGUGACUGUGAGUGCCGCAACGGAGGCAGGUGCCUGGGUACCAACACUACCUUCUGCCAGUGCCCCCCAGGGUUCUUUGGACUCCUGUGUGAAUUUGAAGUCACAGCCACACCCUGCAACAUGAACACCCAGUGCCCAGACGGAGGCUACUGCAUGGAGUACGGUGGGAGCUACCUGUGUGUCUGCCACACAGGCCACAAUGUCACCCACGCCCUGCCAUCGCCCUGCGACUCAGACCCUUGCUUCAAUGGAGGUUCCUGUGACUCCCACGACGACUCCUACACGUGCGAGUGCCCGCGCGGGUUCCACGGCCGGCACUGCGAGAAAGCCCGGCCACACCUGUGCAGCUCAGGGCCCUGUCGGAAUGGGGGCACGUGCAAGGAGUCAGGUGGCGAAUACCACUGCAGCUGCCCCUACCGCUUCACCGGGAGGCACUGUGAGAUCGGGAAACCAGACUCCUGUGCCUCCGGCCCCUGUCACAACGGUGGUACCUGCUUCCACUACAUUGGCAAAUACAAGUGUGACUGUCCCCCAGGCUUCUCCGGGCGGCACUGUGAGAUAGCCCCCUCCCCCUGCUUCCGGAGCCCAUGUGUAAAUGGGGGCACCUGUGAGGAUCUAGGCACGGAUUUCUCCUGUCACUGCCAAGCAGGGUACACAGGACACCGGUGCCAGGCAGAGGUGGACUGUGGCCGCCCAGAAGAGGUGAAGCAUGCCACCAUGCGCUUCAAUGGGACUCGCCCGGGCUCGGUGGCUUUGUACACCUGUGACCAUGGCUACAGCCUGAGUGCCCCCAGCCACACCAGCAUCUGCUUGCCGCAAGGUGUCUGGAGUCAGCUCCCCCAGUGCUUAGAAGUGGACGAGUGUCGGUCUCAGCCAUGCCUGCACGGGGGCUCCUGCCAGAACCACGCAGCCGGGUACCUGUGCCUCUGCAGCAGAGGCUAUGAGGGAGCCCACUGUGAACUGGAGGUGGAUGCCUGUGCCUCCAGCCCCUGCCAGCACGGAGGGAGGUGUGAGAACGGCGGUGGGGCCUACCUGUGCGUCUGCCCCGAGGGCUUCUUCGGUUACCACUGUGAGACAGUGAGUGACCCCUGCUUCUCUAGCCCCUGUGGGGGCCGCGGCUACUGCUUGGCCAUCAAUGGGUCCCACAGCUGCACCUGCAAAGUGGGUUUCACAGGCAAGGACUGUGCCAAAGAGCUCCUUCCACCAACAGCCCUCAGGGUGGAGAGAGUGGAGGAGAGUGGGGUCUCCAUCUCCUGGAGCCCACCCGAGGGCCCUGCCACCAGGCAGGUGCUCGAUGGCUAUGCGGUCACUUACGUCUCCUCCGACGGCUCCUACCGCCGCACGGACUUUGUGGACAGGAGCCGCUCCUCCCACCAGCUGAGGGCUCUGGCGGCAGGCCGGGCCUACAACAUCUCCGUCUUCUCCGUCAAGCGCAACACCAACAACAAGAACGACAUCAGCAGGCCUGCAGCCCUGCUCACCCGCACACGCCCCCGCCCCAUUGAGGACAUAGAGGUCACCAACGUGUCAGCUGAUGCCAUCUCAGUGAGGUGGGCUCUGCACAGGAUCCAUCAUGCCACCGUCAGUGGAAUUCGAGUGUCCAUUCUCCACCCUGAGGCCACCGAGGCCCAAUCCACCGAGGUGGACAAGAGCGUGGACCGACUCACAUUUGGGGCCCUGCUGCCAGGAAGGAGAUACACCGUGUGGGUGGCCACCCUCAGUGGGCCUGGGGGAGCAGAGCAGCCUACAGAGAGUCUGGCCUCAGGGCCACUGCAUGUGUGGACACGUCCCCUGCCUCCAGCAAACCUCACCGCUUCCCGAGUCACAGCCACCUCUGCCCAUGUACUCUGGGACACGCCCACUCCAGGCACGUUGCUGGAGGCAUAUGUCAUCAACGUGACCACAGGCCAGAGCACCAAGAGCCGCUACGUCCCCAACGGGAAGCUGGUGUCCUACACCGUUCGGGAUCUGCUGCCAGGGCGGCGGUACCAGCUCUCGGUGACGGCCGUGCAGAGCAGCGAGCAGGGCCAGCUGCAUAGCGAGCCCGCACACCUCUACAUCAUCACGUCCCCCAGAGAUGGCACUGACAGACGCUGGCACCAGGGAGGACAUCACCCACGGGUGCUCAGAAACAGACCGCCCCCGGUGCACCUGCCAGAGCUGCGUCUGCUCCACACCCACGGCGCCCCCGGAACACCAACCCCGCCCCCGAGCUUCUCGGAGCUUGUGGACGGAAGAAGAAGAGUAAGUGCCAGGUUCGGGGUCCUGCCCAGCACCUCAGCCACCGAGAGACCACAACCCACAACCCCAGUGCCACUCGGGAACACAGAAGAGGCCCCCCAGCAGACCCACGUGGUCCUCCAGCUCCCCAAAGACAGCGACAAGGAUGCUGAAAGCGCCCCUGAGAGCUGCUCAGAAGGUGCCUGUCAGAAUGGAGGCACCUGUGUGCCAGGUGUGGAUGCCCACCACUGUGACUGCGGGCCAGGCUUUAAAGGCAGGCGCUGUGAGCUUGCCUGUAAAAAGGUGCCCCGCCCCUGCACUCGACUGUUCUCGGAGACAAAGUCCUUUCCAGUCUGGGAGGGAGCCGUCUGCCACCACGUGUACAAAAGAGUCUACAAAGUUCACCAAGAUGUCUGCUUCAAAGAGCACUGUGAGAGUACCAGCCUCAAGAAGCCCCAUACAGUUGUUUCAGGAAACAAAGUAACCGUCAAACACUGAAGAAACAAAAGGUACCAUUCCCCUGUGCCCUGAGAGCUGCUGGGAAGAGGGAGAGGAGCCCGCCUACCCUGGGCCUCUGGGAGCGCGGCCACUCCCUAGGCCCUGCUAAACCUCAGGCCAGGUGGCUUCAGGAUGCCCUGACUCAGGCCUCCCAGCAGACCCAGACUCAUCUCCAGGAGGAAGUGAGGCUCUGGGCUGAGGGCAUAUCCUACCUUCUCUCAAGGGAACAUGGAGCAGCUGCCACAGGGGCUCACAGAAAGCUGGAAGACCACCCGGCACCGGGAGGGAGGAGACCGCAUGGAGGGAGGGCCUGAGGUGCUGAGGAAUUCUGGGGAAACCCCAGAAUGGUAUUAUACUGGAAGCUAAAAUGGAGGCCUUAGUCAAGAAACAUUUGGCAAAUCCUGAAGACGGUCUCCGACCAGGAUGGUCACAUGAGACACUGGAAUUCUAAGCAUCGUGAACUCUGGGAUGGGAGAAAUUUUACCUUUGUUCAAUCCAGUAUUACCCAAACUCUUUUGGCAAACAAAUCCCACCCAACCCCUGUCUCCCUCCACGCCACUCUGCUGGUUCUUACGGAGCACUGACACUCUUCACAACACUGUGGAGACACCGGGCCACACGACGAGACCCCAUGAAGCUCUCAGCUCCACCUCUCCAGGAGCCCACAGAGCCUGCCUUCCUAGCACUGGGGGACAGGGCGGCUCUGUGGUCAUGGGCCCUUUCAGGUCCUGACUUCUGGGCUGAGAAAACAGAACGUCUAAAAAGCCAAGGAACAUUCCAGCUGGCUCACACAUUGAGGGAAAGACAAGCUCCCCCGGGCCCCCAGGAGACCUCGAAAGCAGCAGGGUCCCAUCUCAAAUGGGACUUCUCUCUGCAAAAGCAGCCGACAGUGCUGGGCUCCUUCCACUCUGGGCACCACCUCCCCUGCUGACUCUGCCUCUAAGGACACACAGACAGACAGUGGAGGGCUUGCAGGCGGUCCAACCCUGGUGAGGUCAAGAGCCCACAUACACCUUCUGGGUGGGAAAUAUCUGCAUGGCAGUAAGUCUCCUGAAAUAUUAUGCAUCUUUUUAAAAGCUCACCUAGCAAACCCAUUUCCAUAGAAACAAAUGAGAAACCCCCAGCUAAUGAUGGAUCACCAGCUGUGGAGCACACCUGUUCUUACCACACGCUGGGGCAAACACAAGCAGGAAACAGGAGCACACCACUCAGAGGCCACCAGGAACCACAUGGAGACUCCUUCAACACAGAGCAGUCUGGUCGGUGCCCUGUGGAGGUGGGUGGAGGGGCAGCCACCUGCUGGUGCCAGUCUAAGAACCCAGUGCCCGCUCAGGUUCCCAGGGUGGGCACAGGUCCUCCCCCACUCCAGGCCCUGCCUCCCUGCACUCAGGCCAGGCUUGGGCUCAAAGGGCAGCAGGGAGGGCAUGCCUGGUGCUCUUCUCAUGUCUAGAUCUGUUGAUCCUUCAAAGGACUCGGGACGAGCUCACUGCACUCCACCCACCUUAGGAUUUUCCAAAACCUAGGAAGAUGAGCUCUAAUAACUGGAUUGAAAAGCAUACAGAAACAAGGCCCUGGAUGGGUCAGUUCCCUUUGUGACCUCUGGCCUCAGGCCUCUAGAAAACAGAUGGCCAGGCCUGUACACACAUCAGCCCCCAAGAGUCACUGAAGCACCUACGAUCUAGCGCAGGGUAUGGCAUCCCUGAGCAUGGUCUAUCCUCCACACAGCUGGCCUAGCGGGGCCGUUAACAUCACUUCCGCAGUGCUUAGAAACCAGCCCUCAGAUUCCAGUGUGAGAAAGGUCUCCCGAACCAGGAGGAGGACAGACUUCUACCACAGACGUGGGCAGUGGGGAAGUGGAGACAAGGUGAAUCCUCCUACCUGCUGCACAUCAUUCAUGCUGUACAUGGUCCAUGCAUUUGGAGGUGGAAGUGUUCAAUACUACUAAAAUGGAGCUUGGACAGUUUCAGGCUGCACCGUGAUGGCAGACUCCUUGUGCAGGGCAGUGAAUGCUUCUGGCUUGCAGAUCAGAGGCUCUGUGGCCACUGCUCAGCUCUGCCCCUGCAGCAUAGCCAUGGAUGUGCAGCUGAAUGUGCGUGGCUGUGCUUCCCUGAAGCUCCACUCAAAAGAAUAGUCACAGGGUGGACCUCUGAUCUGUGAGGUCACCUAGGCUUUGGCCUCAUGUAGUGGAAGCCAUCCCCUGGGUGACAAGUCACCACCAAGGCUCCAAAGACCCACAGAAGACUUACACAGAAAAAAAAAAAAAAACCCUCCUCAGAAAGCCAAGGCACACCACCUUGAAGCAGCAAGGUCUUCUCGCCAGUCUGAAGGUAACAGAGGAACGCUCUGGGCAGGCUGGGCGAGACCACAUGCAGGGGUCCUUUUAGUUCAUGACCAGAGCAGACCUCUGGGGCCUCCAGGUAGAAACACAGCCUACCACACAUCAUAGAGCACGUGUGCGCCCAGCACCGCCCCACACAGCUGUCUUCUCCCUGCAGUGUGGGCACAACUGGAGCAGUCAGGCCCCCUUUCUCAGUGGAGGACUGCCACUGACACAACCAGAAAUGGAGCACAGUCACAUCAUGGCAGAGGCCUCCUUCCUCCUGGGGUCUAUCAAAGCAUUCUUUGAAGAGGUGCAUUUUAGAUUUAACUGAAAAGUGUGCACAGCUGUGCACUAUGAAGUUUGCUGUUUUCAGAAGGGAGGAAGAAUGAUUCAAGAAAAACCCUACUGUGCCCUGCAAACAUCCAAGGACAAAUGGCCCCAGACACAGUUAGUCAGAAGCCAGUCCACAGACAUGCAGGCUGACCUCCACUGCAGCACCAGGCCCAUCACUGUCCCUCUACAUGACACCCCAGAUCAUUAGGAAAUAGUAGGACCAAGGUCACCCCACUAUAGGAGAUGAGACUUUCUCCACCACCCUGAAGACCAAGACCCUUAGCCCCCAGCCAGCCAUGACCUGGACCCGGGUGUUAGCUCAGAGUCUUUGUUUCAACAAGAGACAGAGCAGGAUGCUGUGCUGUCACGCUGUCAACCCACAUUGAGGCCACACAGGUGGAGUGUCUGGUAAAAGAAUUUACCAGACUGUGUCUGGGUUACAGUCCACCCAGACAUCCCAGGGAGUGGCCACUGCUAUUCUAAAAUGUCCUUCUUAAGACUAACAUCUUCCUCAGAAACACUUCAAGUCCAUCUCAGCAAAGGUCACAUGGGACCAGAACAAGGAAAUCCAAAUGCCAAGGUCACCGUCUGCCACCAGCAGUUGGGAUAAGUGGCCCUCUAACCACACUCAGGCCACCGUCUGCCACCAGCACUUGGGAUGAGUGGCCCUCUAACCACACUCAGGCCACCGUCUGCCACCAGCACUUGGGAUGAGUGGCCCUCUAAUCACACUCAGGCCACCGUCUGCCACCAGCACUGGGGAUCAGCGGCCCAUCUAAUCAUGCUAGGCUUAGGAUUCUUCUCAGCUCUCAUGGGGCCCAAAAAAGUGAUGGUCACUGGAUAACACAAAGUGAAGAGCAGUGAGCACCUGCACUCCCCGUCCACCCACAGCCACAGACAGCCCUCUACCCACUGCCUUCACUCAUGUGCUCCCUGUGGAGACCCAUAGGCCAGGGCCAGCUGACCAGGCCCUGCACCUUCCCUAGCAGGACCUCCUCCACUAGCAGCUACUGCUUUUCUUUGCAGUCCAACCCCGUGGUGCGUGGAGAGCACGGGCUCCUCCACACCUCAGCACUGGACCCCCACAACCCAGCCUAGGCCUGCCACGACCCCACUCUGAAGGAGGAACACAGCCUGGUCACUCACCUCCUGCAGUCCUCACAGACAGCUAGCUGCACUCUGCUCAGCCAGGCUGCAGCAGGGUUCUGAGCCUUGGCACUGACACCUGGGGCUGACCACGAGUGUGGGGCUCCCUGUAUGUCAGGGUGUUCUGCAGCAUCCCUGGCCUCUGUCCAUAGAUCCUAGCAGCACCCUACACCAGGGUCAUGGCAACCAGUAUGUCUCCCAAGACUUCCAGCUGUCCUAAGGAUCAAGGUCACCGCCAGGUGAACACUGUGGCCUUGAAGGAUUCUCACAUACAUGAGAAGAACGAGGCCAAGCAUCAGAGGGGUGUCAUGUGACUAAUCAAAUGCCACCAAGCAGACCCAAGGUGCUUUCUGUAGCACCAGUCCUCGCAGUACCCUUAGGAAAAGCAACAGAGAACCUUCUAGGAGGCCCUAGUCCUCUGGGCCCUCUGAACACUCGCACCAUCAAUGCCAGGCUUCUACCUCAGAGUUUGCCUCACCCCAUUUCCAGCAUGUCACACUGCUCCUCACACCCCUGUUCCCCAGGGUGAUGUCCACACCCUGGGCAUUUGAGGAGCCCUCUGGAACAAAUCCACGAGCAGUCCUGGGCCUGCGCUCUUCUCCUCUGGUCCUCAGAACCUGUGGUCGCGCAGUGGGGUAUGACUGUCUAAGCCUGCUCCCCAGCCCCUCCCAAGCCAGCACUCUCCAGGCCAUCACUCUGGCAGGCAGCAUGAGCAACAGGUCAGAGAAUCAGGCCUGGAGUGACCACCAGGAGCUGGCAGAAAGCCAACAUGACUGAGCUGGAAGGACGGGUCUUCAGCGACAAGUGCUGGAGCUCUGCGGGCCUGCAGAAGCCAUGCACAAUCCCAGAACACAUCACCAGCAGCGCCUUUCAUUCUGCUAUACACUGAAUGCAACUGAGUAGCAAUGAGAUGUUUUGGAUUAAAAACAGGAGUAUUUUUAUGGAGACUUGCUACUUGUUUUCAUAAAAUAAAGUGCUAUGAUGUAC